UUCCAUUUGCCCGAAUCUUGAAUUUACAGAAAUUAAGAAACGAAAAGAUGUUAAUUGUUGAUACUGUUGGGUUAAUUAUCUUUCUCUCUUUCAUGAUUAAGCACCAGGUUAUCAUCAGUUUCAUGUCUUUGACACAUUUACUGGAAGCAAUUUAGAUUUAAUCAGUAAUCAUCAUGACAAUGAAAAAAAAUUAACACUCACAAGGACAAUCAGAGUUACUCCUCCUUUAAUUUUUCACGAUUAACUUACCUUUUCAAUUGGAUCAUCCUGAUUAACUAAUUAAUUUCUUUCUAUGAUUAGUUUAUAUCAAUUUACAUUGAUUACCUUUGUUUUAACCACUUAAUUAAUCAACUUCAAGAGAUUAUGAUUCAUUAACCUAUCGGCUAAUCAACUUAUGGUCAAUUGAUACCAAACUUCAUCAUCUAAUGAUCAUGAUAAUUCUUAACAAUUAAACAACAAUUGAACCCAUCUUAUAAUAAUCUAAGUUAAUUGUGCUUCUGUGUAUUAACUUUCAUUAUUAUCCAAAUUAAUUAGUGACUUCGUAAUCAUCAUUGACCUCAUCGAAAGUAUCAAAAGUGUUUCUUAUUUAUGAUUUCUAAAUGAAUUCACAAAUGUGCUCGAAAAGGCCAAUUAAUUUCACCGAUCUAAUUGCUCUGUUAACCAAUACAGUUACAUUAAUCAGCCAAGGAGCGAUCAUCGUACUGAUUACAAUUAGUUUAACCAAGAUAAUUAAUUUCUUCCGAUUUGUGUAUCAAUUUAAACAUUUACCUCAAGAACGAACCAAUUUUUUCCUUGGUGACCUUUACCGUCUCGUGCUGCGUUCAUCUUGGAAAAACUUUUCACCUUUUACCACCAAAUCAACUAAUCAAAGUAAAUCAACUCCUCUUAAAGAUACAACUGAUUAUUUUAUUUCCCGUCGCAAUCGAGCCAAAAGCGGCAUCGGAGUCUUAUGGCUCGGUUGGUUUCCAAUUGUUUGGUGUCUUGAUUAUAAAUCAGCUCAGGUCAUUUUGUCGAGUCGACGGCAUAUUAACAAGGGUCGAUUUUAUAAGUUAAUUGCUCCAUUUAUGAGAGAUGGUUUGAUCACUUCGAAAGGUGAAAAAUGGAGACAAAGAAGACGACUGAUUGGUCCAGCAUUUACCACGACAAUUAUAUCACAAUUUAUCCCUUUGAUGGUCAACAAUGCAUCUAUUUUGGUUAAAUCAGUUGGAAAAAGUUCAUCAGGGGUUAAUAUCGUUGAUUGUAUUCAUUUAACAUCAAUGGACAUUAUCUGUCAAACAGCAAUGGGAAUAUCGCCUGAGGCUCAAAUAAAACCAAGUUCAUUAAUAGUUCAAGCGGUCACUUGGAUGACCAAGGAAUUGGCUCAACGUAUUUAUAAUCCUUUUCUUUGGGCUGAUCUGAUUUUCAAAGAAUCACCAAUGGGUCAAAGUUUCAUUCAACAUUUCGCUAAUUUUGAAAACUUUACCAAUUCCAUCAUCAAUUCAAAACUCUCCAACAAUCGCCUUAAAAGUGACCAUUUCCCAGAAUCUCGUUCUAACGCCAAUGAACAUCAACCAAAUCUCGAAGAUCACAAGCUGAACCUGGAUAAAGGUAGAAAAGCUUUUCUUGAUUUAUUGUUAGAAAAACAUCUUCAGCCUGAGGCAAUAAGCGGUAAACCAAUAAUCGAUUUGAAUGGUGUCCAUGAGGAGAUUAAUACUUUCUUAUUUGCUGGUUAUGAAACAACGGGAACGGCAAUUAUGUGGACACUGUAUCUAUUAGGAUUUCAUUCAAAUGUUCAGGAUAAAAUUUAUUCUGAAAUCACUUCAAUCUUUGGUGAUGAUAUUUUCAAUCCUACUUAUGAUCAAAUUCAACGAUUAACUUACCUGGAACAAUGUAUUAAGGAGGGAUUAAGAUUAUUUCCACCGGUACCAAUGAUUGCUCGAGAAUUGGAGGAAGAUGUAAUCAUCGAUGGAUAUAAAGUUCCAAAUGGUACAACCAUCGCCAUCAUGAUUUAUACGAUUCACCGAGAUUCAUCAAUUUAUCCUAAACCUGAUGAAUUCAAUCCUAAUCGUUUCGAUAUCGAUAAUAUCUCAUCGAUUCCCGCCUAUGCUUAUAUACCUUUUAGCGCUGGACCAAGAGUUUGUAUCGGUCAACGAUUCGCAUACAUUGAGAUGAAAAUUAUAUUAUCGUUUCUGAUUAAUUCUUAUCAUAUUGUCUCAACCAAACCUCUAGAUGAGAUUCCUUAUGAAUUUGAAGUCACAAUCAGACCAAAAGUACCACUAAUUGUUAAAUUCAUACCUCGAAAUGAUAAAAUUAAUUGUUCCCUUUGAAAAUCUAUCCAUUCAUUGUCACAAUUGAUUCUUUAUCGUACUUAAUAUUUAUUACUCUAUUUAAACAAUCAAAAUAAACCACUAGAAACAAAGUACAAUAAGAUCAUCACAAUUAACAGUUGAUUCAGUUUCAAGAUAAUGUUUAAAUUCAAACAAUUGACUUUGAUUUCGACUAAAUAAUUGAGAAAAUAUCAAUAAUAAACACUUAGGAAAUUAAAAGAAAAGUUAACUCUUAUAAUUGUGAUCAAUUUAAGUUAAUUGCUGAUUAAGAAUAGAGUUGAAUC